CUCUAUCUUACAACAACUGUCUCCCCACAAAACGAAGAGAAAAUAAAGAUGAGCCCAAACCUGAACACUUCCCCCCAUCAAGACCGUCGGCGGCAGAGGCAAUACGUGUGGUUUGUCCGCUAUGGAUUGACCGAGCACCCGUUGGUGGAAGGUGAGGCGUCUAUCUAAUGACCCAUUAUGGUCGAUGGUUUCUUAUAGGUUCAAAUCGAUCCAUUUGGAUUCAAUUAAAUCCUUCACAGUUUCUCCCAACUCUCCCUUUUCUUUGGACUGAUAAUUUUGUAUUGCACUCUUGCUGUUUUGCUCUGUCUCGCGUCUUUGAAUUUGUGUAAUGAACACAACAAACAACAUAGACCUAGGCCCCUAUGAUAGCGACAUCGACCCUAUGGAAGGAAUCGAUCACGCAAAGAACAUUGCGAAACGGAUUGCAGCUGGAAUCCAUAACAUUCACGAAACAUCAACGGCGGCGGCGAGCGAGAACGGAAUCGAGCAAGAAGUCGAAAACAACGAGAGCCUUCCGACUGUCGUCUACGCAAGUCCCUUUCUCCGCACCGCCCAUACGGGAUACAUCAUUGCCAACGAACUACAAAAUUGUGUGAAUGAAAAUGAUAAUAAGGGCACCGUGGAACUCCGGGUGGAGGAAGGAUUAUGGGAAUGGCUAAUCCCUUCCUUGCUGGUGACUAAGUGCGAUGGAAUCAAAACCAAUCCCAGGCCUUUAGAGGUCUUAAGCGAUAAAUUGCUGGAGUUGGAACAAACGGAUAACGAUGCAAAUGCUGCUACCAUUGCGCUAAACUACAACAGCGUUAACCCCUACGACGAUUCCGGCGACGAGGGCAUGACGUGCGUCCCCGUGCGCACAGAAGCAAGCUCACCGCAGGAUGCUGCCAACGGAGAUAAACCCGGGCAGAAGCACCGCCCCCGCUGGAUCGAAUCCGAGUCGGAUUUGCUAAAACGAUGCGAAACAACUCUAGAGGGACUCCUAUCACUGCAUCCCGGGGGCAACAGCUUUUGUAUCGUCAGCCACGCGCCCUGCGACCAGGCCAUGGCCUUCGCGCUGGAACAAGGGGCGGCGACUCCGGAAGAGUCGAACCUCGCUCCCUGGCCGCUCGGUGGGAUCACCGUCUUUUCGAGGCCCGUUGGGCGCAAAGAUGAUGGGAGUGAUGACAGUGGUGACAGUUCGAAUGGAGAGUGGACUAUGGAUCUGUAUGGUAACACAGAGCACAUGCCGGGCGAUUACAAAGCCGGACUAAAGGAAUGGUCCCUACCCUGCUUUGCUAAAAAGUGAUGGAACAAGCCAAAUAGUUGAGUAAAUCAUUUUCUUUUCU